AUGCCGCGAAUCCUUUGCCUGCACGGCCACGGCACCAGCGCCUCCAUCUUCAAGUCCCAAACCGCCGCCUUCCGAUCGAAGCUCAGCAGCGACUUUGAAUUUUAUUUCGUGGAUGCGCCCUUCUCCAGCACCGGUGCUCCAGGUAUCCAUGCCAUCUACUCAUGUCCAACAUAUACAUGGUGGCGGCAGUCCACGCCGGAGGACAUCCGCGCCGCCCACUGCUGGGUAACCGAAUACGCCCGCCAACACGGCCCUUAUGAUGCCGUCUGUUGCUUCUCGCAAGGUUGCUCGCUCGCCUCGACCAUGGCGCUCUAUCGUUCCGUUGAACAGGCCUCAUCUCCCGACCAAGAACAACCCCUACUGCCCUUCCGCGCCGCCAUCUUCAUCUGCGGCGGCGUCCCGCUCCCCGCCCUCGAAGACAUGGGCCUUCCCGUCUCUGCGCGCACCCAUGAAAUCAACCAAUGCACUGGUGUAAUGCUGAAUAGCACAGCUGGUCGCUUGGCUGAGCUAGCUGCAGACCUCAAGCUGAUCAAGCGCGGCGUGAGCCUGUGGGACGGCAAUGCGGGGACGCUGGUGCAUGACCCUGCGCGCAAGCCUGCGCGGAACGACGUCUUCGGUCUUGAUUUCACGGCUUUCCCGGACUCUGCGCGCAUUGGCAUUCCCACAGUGCAUGUUUAUGGGUCGAAGGAUCCCAGAUGGCCGGCUGCCAUUCAGUUGGCGGAGUUUUGUGAUGAUAGGGACGAGUUCGAUCAUGGCGGGGGGCACGAUAUUCCAAGGUCAACGGAGGUGUCGGUGAAAAUUGCGGAGAUGGUGAGGAGGGUGGUGUUGAGAGUCAUGCCGAAGGAGGAUAGGAUUGAGUAG